AUGGCCUCAGACCAGGACCAGCCCGCCAACGCCUCCCUCCAAUCCGGCGGAGGCUCGAUCCCAGCCCAGCGAAGCCUCCAAUCCCUCAGCACCACCACCCUCGCCUAUCUCAAGCGCCUCUUUGACUCCCACGCCACCCCCGAGGGAAAAUGGACGCCCGAGCAGAUCCGCGUCUUUAUCCAGAAGGUCCAGGGCGGCAGUAACAGUAGCAGCGGCAGCAGUGACGUCGUCGAGGAGGAGCUCAAUCUCGACGGCUUCCUCGCCUACAUGACGUCUCCCCACAGCAGCGCCAUCUUGCCCGUCCUCAACGAGGACCUUUCCUGGCCGCUGGCCAGCUACUUCAUCAGCUCGAGCCACAACACGUAUCUGACGGGGAACCAGCUCUCGAGUGAUAGCACCACGGGCGCUUACACCAACGUCCUGCUGAGAGGCUGCCGGUGCGUGGAAAUCGACGUCUGGGACGGCGACGAGAGCGACGCCGAGUCGUCGUCGUCGUCGGACUCGUCCUCCUCGUCUUCAGAGAGCGAGACAAGCGACGAUGAGGCAGCCGCCAAAAAGGCAGCCCUGAAAGAGAAGAAGAAGAAGGAAAAGAAGGAAAAAAAGGACAAAAAGGCCGGAUGGAGCGAGCAGCUGCGCAGCAAAAUGGACAAGAUCAACAUCAGCAAAAAGGUAGACAAGAUGCAGGAAAAGGCCACGGAAAAGGUCGCCGAGCUCCAGGAGGCCAUGACCAGCAGCAGCAAGACGGAUUCCGCUGCUGUCGAGCCCCGGGUCCUCCACGGGUACACCCUCACCAAGGACAUCCGCUUCCGCGACGUCUGCGAAGCCAUCCGCGAGAGCGCCUUCGUCGCAUCCGAGAUGCCCCUCAUCGUCAGCCUCGAGGUCCACUGCAGCCCGCAGCAGCAGCUCAUCAUGGUCGACAUCAUGAAGCAGGUCUGGGACGGCCUCCUCGUCACAGAUCCAGAGUCCGCCAUCGAAUCGCUGCCCAGCCCCGAGGAGCUCCGCCGCAAGAUCCUCAUCAAGGUGAAGUACGUCCCGCCAGGCACGCCCCUGGACAAGGUCGACACCGUGUCCAGCGAGCAGCAGCAGCAGCAGGUCUCCGCGGGCGGUGGUGGUGGUGGUGAUGGCACGCCGCCGAAGAAGCCCGCAAAGACGAUCCAGGAGCUUGCCCGCAUGGCCAUCUACACCCAGGGCGUCACCUUCAAGGGGUGGACGCAGCCCGAGGCCAGCAUGCCCACGCACAUCUUUUCCAUCUCCGAGAAGAAGUUUAUCGAUUACCAUGAGAAGCAGUGGGCCACGCUGUUCAACCACAACAAGCAUUAUCUCCUCAGGGCGUAUCCGGCCGGGUUGCGCAUCGGAUCGUCAAACCUCAACCCGGCCAUCUUCUGGGGCGGAGGCGCGCAGAUUGUGGCCCUGAACUGGCAGGAGACGGACGAAGGCAUGAUGCUCAACGAGGGCAUGUUUACCGGGACCGGCGGCUACGUCUUGAAGCCAGAAGGAUACCGCUCCAAACUCACUCUCAAGGAAGACACAUCCACCCCGUCCCCCAUCACAAUCGCCCGCAAAACAGUCUCCCUGGCAUUCACAUUCCUCUCCGCCCAGAACCUGCCCCUCCCGCCCGACGAAAAGUCCGCAAAGGGCUUCAAGCCCUACGUAAAGGUCGAGCUGCACGUCGAGGCUUCCAAGAACAGCCACGCCGAGAGCGACGGCCACGUCCACGAGAGCGAGUACAAGGUCCGCACCAAGACGCACAAGGGCUGCGACCUCGACCUCGCCGGCGAGAGGCUCGAGUUCAAGGCCAUCCCCGGCCUGGUCGAGGAGCUCACGUUUGUGCGCUUCACCGUCAGGGACGACGAGUUUGGCAGGGACGACUUGGCUGCGUGGGCGUGCGUCAAGCUGGAUCGGCUGGGGCAAGGGUAUAGGUUUGUGCACUUGAGGAAUACAAAGGGGGAGGCGACGGAUGGUGCGAUUUUGGUCAAGGUCGAAAAAUCGGUGGUGUAG